AAGAAGACAAGACCGUCUGCUGUUCUUCUUCAACAUCUCCAAACCAGCAGAACACGUAGAGAAACCUCUCAAUCUCUCAGAUCUCUGGUGGCCAACAGAAAACAAAAAGGAGUUCCAUUCAUUCUCGGAGAGUCGAUGGACGGCGAGGUGAACAUGAACAUCACGAUGAAGAAAGACAAGAGAAUCGUGGUGGCGGUGGACGAGAGCGAGGAGAGCAUGCACGCCCUCUCGUGGUGUCUCACCCACCUCAUCUCUGCUGAGCAACCCAGCAACAGCAGCACCACCCUCGUGCUCCUCUACGUCAAGCCUCCUCCCCCUGUUUUCUCCUUCUUCGACGCUGCAGGGUACAUGUUCUCGAGCGAUGUGAAUGCGGCCUUGGAAAAGUACGGGUGCGACUUGGUGAAUUCGGUGAUGGGACGAGCAGAGGCGAUCUACAGGAGCUUCAGCACCAACAUGAAUGUGGAGAGGUUUGUCGGGAAAGGGGAAGCGAAAGACGUGAUAUGCAACGCGGUGGAGAAACUCAGAGCGGACACUCUGGUCAUGGGAAGCCAUGGAUAUGGUUUCAUGAAGAGGGCUCUCCUCGGGAGCGUGAGCGACUACUGCUCGAAGCACGUAAGGUGUCCCGUGGUGAUCGUGAAGCAUCAUCCAGCCGAGGACAACUGAGCAAAUCUCUCUUUCUUCUUAAAUUGUACAAUCUCAUUCCUGUCAGUGUCUACAUAUGGCGUCAGAUCCGCGGGCGGCUGCACAAACGCAUUCAAGUAAGUUAGGUAUCUUCUGGUUAUGCAGAAUGUUAUGGGACGACAGAAUUGGCUUUCAUGAGUUAUUUUUGUUCAAUCGUAUGGUCAUGCCAUUGCCAUGUUUGAAGUUUUGGUGGGAAUUCUACUGGGUUUCGUUCUGUGUUGUGAAUGAAGAAAGAAACUUUAUUUUGA